AUGGCUUCACUGGAAUUUGGCCUUGUCAAUGCUGCCAACAGAUACCUGACUGCAGAACCUUUUCGUUUCCAGGUGACAGCCACAGGCUUGCAGCUGAAGCCCCGCCAGGUGUGGAUUCUUCAGUUUAUGGCCCCACAGGGAGCUGGGGCCGCUGGCCCAGGAGAAGGAGCUGGCCAGAAACUCCACCUGCUCAGUGCCCUGAAGCGCUACUUGGCAGCCGACGCUAAUGGCAAAGUCACGUGUGAUCAGGACCACCCAGGGCCUCAGACCAUCUUCCUCCUGCAACAGUAUCCAGAUGGCAAGGUGUCUCUGCAGAAUGAGCAGUCUAAGCGCUACCUGGGUGGGGCAGAGGAAAACGUCACCUGCUUUGCUCAGGCUGCCACCGAAACGGAAAAGUGGACCCUGCACCUGGCAGUGCACCCCAAUGUCGCCAUGUACAGCCCCAACAGGAAGCGCUAUGUGCGCUGUGAUGAGAAAGCUGGGGCACUGCGCUGUGACCGUGACAUGCCCUGGGGCGCUGAAUCAGUCAUCACUGUCUACUAUGAUUUCAAAGUGAAGAAGUAUGGAUUGAGGACUGGGGCUGGCAAGCUGUUGGCUUCUGAUGGCUCACUGGUGCCGGACGUCACCCCACAAACUCUGUAUUCCCUGGAACUGAACAAUGGCUUAGUGGCCCUGAGGGAUGAAGAAGGGAAAUACUUGACUGCACGCGAGGGUGUUAUGAAAACAGCAAAGAUGGACAAGCCUGGACGAGAUGAACUCUUCAGCAUAGAAGCCAGCCCUGCCCAGGUUUCAAUGCGCUCCUCUUCUACUAACAAGUUCAUCUGCUGUAGGCCAGGUGCUGACCUGUAUGCCAAUGCCACGGCCGUAGGGAACACAGAGGUUUUCCAACUGCUGUUUGAUGAUGACACCAAGAGAGCCUGCUUCCGUGGCUACUGUGGCACAUAUAUGGCCUUGGGUCCCAAUGACUGUAUUAUCAGCAGCAAACAAAAAGAUAGGAAUGUCUGGUUUGAACUCCAGUAUCAGGAUCAGAAGGUGGUGCUGCGUAUAGGUGACAAAUAUGUGUCCAUGAGGCCCAAUGGACAGCUUCUGGCAAUCCCCAAAGCUGCAGGUAAGAGUGAAGAAUUCCUGAUGGUGCUGGUAAACCGGCCACUACUGGUGUUACACACCGAUGCUGGGUACGUGGGCCUGUGUUCUGGCAUGAAGCGCCUUGAAGCAAACUGCGUCAGUUAUGUUGCCAGCAGCCUGUCACUCACAGAGGAAGGCUACUACAACUUCCAAAUUGGCAGCAACUACUGGGCUCUGGAUAAAGAUGGGCAAGUUAUGGUAACCGGUGACCACCCAAGUAAUUUUACCAUCCAGUUUGCGUCUUCCACUUGUGUUCUCAUCAAAGCGAGUAAUAACAAGUUUUUUGUGGCUGAUCUGGGAGGCCGAUUAUGGGCCGGGGCCUCAGAUGCAGCUGGUGCAACACUGUUCCACUACUGA